UCGGCGUCGAAUCCCUGACAGAGGCUCGCACGCCGCGCUCGAUAAGAAUUCGCGCUCCCAAGUGAUUAUUCGCGAAUUUUCGCAACGACGACACUGUUCGCUCUGCUUUCAGAUUUAAAAGUCCUUUUACACCCGAGCUCGAGAUGAUGUGGGUUUACGUGGCUCUGCUCCUCGUUGGAGGCGCCGCCGCUCAGAUUCCGUUCAUCGGUGGCUGCCCAAAGGUCGAUACCGUCCAGGAUUUGGAUACGCAAAAGUAUCUCGGAAAGUGGUACGAGGCGGAGCGCUACUUCGCUUUCUUCGAGUUUGGCGGCAAAUGCGUCACGGCGACAUAUACCGGCUACGAUAACGGCACCGUGGGCGUCGUCAACAGGCAGAUCUCGUCGUUGAGCGGCGUCGCCUCGAGCAUCCAGGGAUACGCCACCCAGAAGACAAGCAACAAGGCCAAGCUUUCCCUCGUCUUCCCCUCCAUGCCCGUGCACUUUGACGCGCCAUACUGGGUCCUGGACACCGAUUACAGCUCCUAUGCCGUCGUCUGGAGCUGCUCCGACUUUGGGAUAUUCAGCACGAGAAAUGCGUGGAUCCUGACGCGUGAACGGUACCCGGCAAUUGCUGUUUUAGAAAAAGCAUAUCAAUCUAUAGAUAAGAAUAAGAUUAGCAGAGCAUUUUUCGUACGAACGGAUCAGAAGAACUGUGCCGAAAAUGCAGAAACCAAUCAGAUUGUUUAAGAAAACAACAACAACAACAGCAACAGCAG